AUGGGAUCGCUCAACAACAUGUCAAGGCGAACGCUGGAGUUGCCGUUCAAAAGCAUGCCAUGCGAAAAUGUUGCUCCUCACUUUCCUGAGAUUAAACGAGCUCAAAUGAUAAAGCACUAUUGGUUGACAAAAACUUCUGAAAUGUCAGAUGUGGAAAACCGCGUUGUUAUGGUGGCAGUGGUGAAGAUUGCUGGAAAAGUCGAAUGUGGCCCCGAAUAUGAAAAUGGAAUGUGCGAACGUCUUAAGUCGGGUGUUUGCAAUGAUAAACUACAGUGUCAAGAGGACAAAGUUAAUCAAUGGGAAUCUCAGCUUCUGAAAUUUUUUGACUUCGCCAUUUCACGCAAACACUUGUUGCACUUUCUUCGUAUUUCUUAU